UCCAAUGAAAUUUCAGCGUAAGUUACUGAGGGUGGCUUUUGUUGAACAUUCAUUAAUGUUUUCGGAAUCAAUUCGACUAAACACAGAAGUUAAUGUUCAGAUUGUGUGUUGACGCUCGCAUGUUUUAUUAAUGAAGAUUCAGAGAGCACAGUGUGGAGUAGAAUAUUUUUGCAGACUCGAAUAUUUUCUUUCAAGUUUCACGCAACAAACAAUAAUUUUGUUAUUUUUUUCACCGUUAUAAUUUUACGUAUUCUUAAAUUUUUAUUUCAUUAAAAAAAUCGCUUGCUAGAAAAUUCAAAGGAGCGCAAUAUAAAUGAGUAUCGCUUUUAAGAGAGAAUUGAAUCUUUAAUCUAGCUUGGCAGGAAACUUGUUAUUUAAAGCUAUUUUUAAAUUCUACAAAACCUUUUUUUAUUACUUAAAUCGCAUUACUGCCAUCACAUAUACUGUAAAAAUUGCACGUUUAGACAAUGGGUAGUAACAAAUAAAUUUGAAUUAAUGGAAAAUAAAUAUAAAAAACAUGGAUAAGAAAAAAAUUCUACUGUUGAUCAGACGAUAUUAACAGCGAAAAGUGAACGAGUUUAUAUUAUGUUAUUUAAAAAAUGACAGCGAUUUCGAAUGUUUCGAUAAUGGAUCUAAAUAAACCAAAACUAACAUUUUCCAUCGAUGCAUUGAUGGGCAAAGCUAGUGAUAAUGGAGACACUUCAAUAUGCAGAGACAAUGCUUCUCCGGUUUCUGUCAAAGACUUUAGUAUAAAUAAAUUUCACACAGAAGAAAUCCCGAAGUCACAUUCUCCUUUAAAUGUUCCUGUGCCACCGAAGCCUUCCGUACUUGUUCCUAUUCCUACGUUUCCCGGCGGGCUUACCGGGACUUCACCGACUCUUAGAACUGUAGUCGGUAGUCGAGAGAGAGCCGGUCUUUUCAACGCAGCUUUGUAUCAACAUACUUUGCCUCAUGUUUCUGCCGCAGGUAUGGACCAUUCUUUAGCCGGUAUGAUUUUACCUGGUGAGGCAUUGCACGGUUAUCCAUGGUAUUUUCAUCGGCAAAGAUUUCUACAUAGAUUUCCAGGUCCAGAUAUAUCUGGUUAUCUGCUUCCUCCAUUUCGAAAAGCUAAAAGAAUACGAACUGCUUUUUCAGCAUCUCAACUCAUGAAAUUAGAAAGUGCGUUUGAUAAAAAUCAUUAUGUUACAGGAAAUGAAAGAAAACAACUUGCAGAAGGUUUAGGCUUAACUGAAACUCAGGUUAAAGUGUGGUUCCAAAAUCGUCGAACAAAGCAAAAACGACAGGUUUUGGAAGAUAAAGAAAGAAGCGAAAAGACCCAACGUUUGUCUGUUAAUAAAGGAAGUGAACACGAAACUAAUGAAAUCAAUCAUAUAUCUCUUUCCUGCAGAACUGAAAACCUCAAUUUUUAUGAAGAUGAAGAAAGUAAUUCAUCUUUCACCAGUGAUGAAAAGUGCGAAGAAAAAGUGCCAUAGUUCACAUUUUUCUUCAAAAAAGAUUAAAAAGAGAGUAAAGAAAACAGAAAAAUUAUAUUAUGAGAAGAUUUUUUUCACGUAGUGUGUACUUUUUCAUGUGUGCAUCAAACAAUCACUUUUUUGUUUUAUGAUCGAUAGAUUAUUGCCAAUGGUUUGCAUAUACGUUUUUAAUAUAUAUGUACUUAACGAAUAGCUUUAUCCUAUUUCAUUUUGCA